AUGUCUGCUCAGUCGAACCCAACAACAUUCCCUCUACAAGGCAAAGUCGCUAUAAUCACAGGCGCUUCACGAGGUAUUGGGGCUGGCUUGGCGUUAGAGCUGGCGCGAAGGGGAGCAAAGGUCACUCUCGUCUACACAUCUCCGAAGAGCGGGAAGCUAGCGGAAGAGGUCGCAUCGAAAAUUAAAUCACUUGGCAACGGUAGCGAUUCAAAAAUCGUUCAAGCCGACCUCCAACAACUCGACGCACCUGAAAAGAUCGUGUCAGCGACUAGAGAAGCGUUUGGUGACAAGAUCGACAUCCUGGUCAAUAACGCUGGCGUUCUGAUGAACAAGUCUAUUACAGAGACAACAGCAGAGGACUAUGCCAGCAUAUUCGAUGUCAAUGUCCGCGCACCUCUCCUUCUUACAGGUGCGGUAGUGCCUCAUCUACGUGCACCAGGCCGCAUCAUAAACAUGUCGUCCAUAGGCGCCCGACUAGGUAUUGCCAAGUUGACCCUCUACACCGCAUCCAAAGCAGCGAUAGAAGGUGUAACCCGAAGCCUAGCACAAGAGCUAGGUGAUGCAGGACAUACAGUCAACGCUGUAGCGCCGGGUCCUACAGAGUCGGAAAUGCUGGACGAUGUGCCAAAAGAGGUUGUGGAGGCCCAAUUGAAGCAGACUGCAGUAGAGAGAAGAGCUGGCACUGCGGACGAUAUCGCAAGAAUUGUGGCCUGGCUCUGUAGCGACGACGCGAAGUGGGUUUCGGGCCAGACGAUCUCCGCGAGUGGUGGUUUCCUGAUGUUGUAA